AUGAGUGCCUCCGACAACAACCACUGGAACAUCGUCUCCCUCAUUUUCCACCACCAGCGCCGCCUCUCCCUCAAGGAACUGGACCACAUCCUGGCGAGAGCGAGGGCGAACAACCGGCUGCCUCUGGUGUUGUCCAUCGUGUAUGAACUGUUCAGCAGGAGCGUAGGCCGGAGAGAGUGGAGCCAGGCCUCGAGUCUCCUGAAGAGGCUGCGGGAGGACGCGGGUCUGUGCGUGCCGUUGGCGGAGGCCGUGAUCGGCAGGAACGCGGGCGAAGUGAGGGGCAUCCUGCGGGAGGAGAGCCAGCAGAGCGUGGACGGGGUGCUGUUAGCCGCGGCCGUCGAGGGGAGCAGCGAGGACGUGGUGGAGGUGCUGCUGAAGCACGUGUCGUACGCGGAAGACACGCUCCGACACGCCCUCCUGCUCACCAGCCUCAACAACAACCUGGAAAUCCUGCCGGCGCUCCUGAGGCAGUUCCUCGGCUCCUACAAGAAGCCGGCUACAGGGACGCGGAGAGGCUCCUGGCCAGCGCGCUCGAGGCGGCCGCGCGCGCCUGCGUCGAUCAACGAGACAGCAGACCUUGUCGCCCCCCCCUUGGCCCCCCACCUCAGGUCAUCCUCUCAGCUGUGCCUGGAGCCGCUGGUCGUGGCGUCGGCCGCGGGACCGCUGGUCUCGGCGGACGCCUCCUGCUACCGAACCGACACUUCCCCGCGCGGCCUCGUGCUCAUCCUCAACUACAAGGAGUUCAAGGGCAAGCCGGAGCUGCUGCGGGAGGGCUCCGAGCUGGACGUGAGCAACCUGCAGAGCACCUUCGGCCAGAUGGGCUACGCGACGCAGGUCCACAUGAACCUCACUGAAGACCAGACGAUGCUGAACGUGAUCCGUUUUCGCGAACAGGAUGGCUUGCGCUCCUGCGGCAGCGUGGUGGUGGUGGUGAUGAGCCACGGGGUCGCUCGUCAGACGUUCCACACCUCGGACAUGCAGGUGUUCACUGUGGACAAACUCCUGAGCCUGUUCUCGGACAGGGAGUGCCCUCGCCUCAAAGGCAAGGCCAAGGUGUUCCUGUUCAACUUCUGCCGCGGCCUCGACGUGUCCCGGAUGGCGUACCAGACCGACGCGGUGCGGACGGCGCACAACGACAUGCUGUGCGUGUACUCAGCCCAAGAGGGCUUCGUCUCGCUGCGGCACCCGGUCCUGGGCACGCCCUUCAUCAGAACCUGGUGCCAGGUCCUCGCUAACAACGCAAGCAACACGAACCUGGAACGCCUGCUUCAGAAGUUCAUGAAGCAGUACUCCGAAACAGCCGAAGGUGUUUCUGUAGAGGUACAGAACCUCAAUUUCAACAAGGAGUUCUGGUUCAUGCCGCAGCAGAAGCAGACACCACCGCCGCCGUAGCUUCCCUGGCCGUUGCUGAAACCUUUCUCUCCUGUCUC